UUUUAAUCAAUCCCUUGGUCAACAUGUUCUAUGAUCUCAACGUCCCGUACAGCCCGGAUGAUCCCGAGAUCUCCCACACCCUAAACUUCCUAGCUGAACUGGGUUACACAACGGUCGCUCUAUCCCAAACCAUUGCCGGCAAACUGCCCACCGAUCUAUCACCACCGCCAACACCCGCGAACACCCCCAAGGGCCUGACACUCCUGACCCGCCUGAACCUGACCUUUUCCGACCCCGCGCAGAACCAGCGGCUCAACAACCUGGCGCAGGUCUAUGACCUCGUCGCGGUCCGCCCCACCAACGAGAAAUGCCUCCUGAACGCGUGCACCAACCUCGACUGCGAUGUGAUCUCGCUCGACCUCUCCGUGAGACACCCGUACCACUUCAAGUUCAAGAUGCUCUCCGCCGCCAUCGCACGUGGGAUCCGUCUUGAGAUCUGCUACGGCCCGGGCGUCACGGGGAGCGGGCCCGACGCGCGACGGAACCUCAUCGGCAAUGCCAUGUCCUUGAUUCGUGCGACGCGUGGUCGCGGCAUUAUCGUCUCGAGCGAGGCUAAGCGGGCGUUGGGAGUGCGCGCGCCGUGGGAUGUGAUCAACUUGACGUGCGUCUGGGGCUUGUCGCAGGAGCGGGGGAAGGAGGCGAUCUGCGAAGAGGCGAGGAAGACGACGGCGCUGGCUAAGCUGAAGCGCACGAGCUGGCGCGGGAUUGUGGAUGUCGUGGACGGGGGGAAGACAGUCGAACGAAAGGGCAACGCGCAGAAGGGUCAGAAGGCCGCGGGUAAACAGAAAGGUGCACCGGUCGAGAACAACGGCGACGGUUUGAAAAGAAAGGCGUCGGUUGGUGCAGACACUACCACCGAUGAGCCGGAGAAGGCUCUGUCUAAACGGGAAUUGAAGCGUCGGGCCAAGAAGGCACGCUUAGCAUUGGGGGAACCGGAAGGCGGCUCGGAGACUCCCGCUGCUGGCUAAUCGCGCUUAGCUGAAAGGCCGAUUAUACAUGGACCAGCUUGCACUAGCUGCUUCCGUCCUGCAAUUGAGUCGCUAGAACAAGCCUUAGGUCUUGCAGCGACGGGGAUCGUCCUCUGGUACUACCGAUAGAUCAGUACGUCGCACUGAGGUUCGUCACACCCUAAAACCACACCUGAAUGUCAGGAACGCACGAGUGGAGUGACCUACAAGAUCACUCGUUUGGGCAUGGCUUUGCCCAGGCAGACAGAGAGGCACACCACGCUUCAAGUCUGAAUGACUUUCAAACGAAGGCAUGAAGAAUGAAGAACACCGUCUAUCUCCCGCUGAGAACAGCAGGUGAUAUCGACUUUCAUACCUAUGUACCUUACAUUCACAGUCGAUCAGACACCCGACUCGCAGGCCAUCUACAGGUUACAUCGCAUGCUGAGUCUUAGGCGAUCAGUGAUGAUUCACGUACGUGGCACCAUCCAUGACAGAUUCAGUUAGCUACUUACCUACCUACUUUGAAAUUAUGCAUGGUCUACCUAGCUACGAGUCUACUUUAUCAUACUCUCC